UGCCAUCUUCGUCAAGGCUCGAGGCAAAUCUUUUCCGUCGCACAAAUAGAUUUUGGUGACAGAACAAGUAAGUCCACAACGUAAUAAAUCUCUCGACGAUUUGGCGACAAUGACAGAUUCUCUCCCAUCAACAACUACAGACCGCAACUUGGAGAAAGGCGGUGCUGAGGAAGUUCGAGUGGGACGCAGCAAUGGUCGCAUCUUUUCGGCUAUCCAGGCGAUUGCGGUAAUCUCGAUCGUGGCUGCGGUCGCCUUUGUGGCAGGCCGGUCAUGCCGCCAUGAUGAGUCAUUCCCCAUGCCCGCUGCCACUACCACUGUCGGUGAUUUGGUUCGUGAUGAUAAUGGUACGCUUGCCCAGUUGGUACGUGACAUGGCCGCCGUCAAGAAGGAAAUCAAGAAGAUCAAGUCUACGGAACCGUGCAUUGGUACCUCCAAUGGAUGGAGCCAAGGAAAUUGGCAAGACGAGAUCUUUGUGCAAGUGAACACUACCGCUUGUGGCUUUGCAGCCGAUAGCAAACCAACCUACUUUACGUCGCUUUCUGGAACCGGAGAUGACAUUGGAUCGACCUAUGGUGCGGCAUCCAUCCGGGAUCCAACACCCGAUGGGUUCACUGUCUACGUCCACUACAACUACCACCACCACCUCUCCCCCAAUACUGCCGGCAAGAAUGACUACCGCAUUCAGUGGGUUGCCUAUGCAGACCUCAAUGCCACACAGGAAUUGCAUCCUGCUUCUGCCUAAUAAAAGCGAGCAAGGAAGCAAUCAUGAAUAUGAGGCUGCUGUGGCGGACGUAUUCGUCGCCCUUCAUCAACCUCUGGGAUCAAAUCGGAAUGAAAUACAAAAGAAAUCCAGUAAAGAUAUUCUAAUAAAGCAAUCAAUUAGGAUAAAAUGAGCUUGCGAACAAGAGUGCCAAUCAAAUAAUAUAUUGUUCUGUUUCGUUCUCUAUCAGGAUACAUGUAGGCUGUAC